CACGCAUGCGCGGGCGCUGUCUGCGAGGUGGCGGGUAUCGCGGGCGGCCAGCGCGAUGGGGUUGAGCCGCGUGCGAGCGGUUUUCUUUGACCUGGACAACACGCUCAUCGACACGGCCGGGGCGAGCAGGAGAGGCAUGUUAGAGGUGAUAAAGCUCUUACAAUCAAAAUACCAUUAUAAAGAAGAGGCUGAAAUCAUCUGUGAUAAAGUUCAAGUUAAACUCAGCAAGGAAUGUUUUCAUCCUUACAACACGUGCAUUACUGACCUAAGGACUGCACACUGGGAAGAAGCAAUCCAGGAAACAAAAGGUGGUACAGCCAAUAGGAAAUUGGCUGAAGAAUGUUAUUUCCUGUGGAAAUCUACCCGUUUACAGCAUAUGACACUAGCAGAAGAUGUCAAAGCCAUGCUCACUGAACUUCGAAAGGAGGUCCGCCUACUUUUAUUAACAAAUGGGGACAGACAGACCCAGAGGGAGAAGAUCGAAGCUUGUGCUUGUCAGUCCUAUUUUGACGCUGUUGUCAUAGGUGGAGAGCAGAGAGAGGAGAAGCCAGCACCGUCCAUAUUUUAUUACUGCUGCAAUCUCCUCGGGGUACAGCCUGGGGACUGUGUGAUGGUUGGUGACACGUUAGAAACCGACAUACAAGGAGGCCUCAACGCAGGGUUGAAAGCAACAGUCUGGAUCAAUAAAAAUGGAAUAGUGCCGCUGAAGUCUUCCCCUGUUCCACAUUAUAUAGUUUCUUCUGUGCUAGAGUUACCUGCUCUUUUACAAACUAUAGACCGCAAAGUCAGUAUAUCUACUUAAGGCACAUAAAAGGGCCUGAUUAUGAAUGUUAGCGUCAACUUGCAGAGUUUGAACUAAACAAAGUUAGGGCAUUCCACUUACUAUGGUCCAGUUCUAAGAAUAAUUUUAUUUAUGAUUUAGUAGCCAGUAUUAUGAAAGUCCUCCCAACCCUGUGGCUUUUAAGUUUUGACAACCAACCAUUGACUGGUAUUUAAAUCUGAAAAUUCAGAUUGCAUUAAUACAAGUCAGUAAUGUAGCCCAGAAAACUUGAAGAAAUAUAUUAUUUGUUAGUCUGUGACUAGAGAUUUUUAAAAACUAUUUCAUUGAUCUUUUCGUAUCUUGGCUUUGUGAUACCAAGCAGGAUAGUUUACAUGUGGAUGCACAAAUGUAAGUUUUAUGUUCUGGCUGGAAAAUAGAUAUUUUUAAAAAAUAGAUAUUCUAAAACAUAAUAGAAAUUUAUCAGAGCAAUUGGGUCUCGUUAAUAUGAAAUAGGUACUAAGUCACAUGCAAAUCAAGGCAUUUCAUAGUGAAAAUAUUUUGCAUGUUUUUUCAAACCAUAUUUUUACCUGCUUUGGGUAUAUACUUUCUUUUCUAUUAGGAAUCUGAUUUUUCUGCAUGACCUUUUUGUGGGGGGUCUAGGGGCAAUUUUUCUGUGGUGUAUACAUGACAAAUGGUCCUGCAGUUUAAAAAGCUGUUAAAAUCAACCUGUGGUGCUCCUUUACCAUGACAUUUUCACAGCUUUCCGCAGUGAGCUUGUAGCUUCCUUGUAGUCUUUACCUCUUGUGGAAAUAUUUUGACUGUCUUCUCCCAGACACACAAUGGCGUUGAGGGAACUACAGUGUCUUGCUGGGGAUAAGUAUAAGCCACAUGGCACCAAAAGUCGUUUUCUUCCUGUGGGAUCCAUAAGAGGACAGUUGCCUCAGUGUGGCCGACCCAUGCAGCCCCCCAUCUAUUUUCUACUGACUCAGUAGUUUCACCUAUUAGAUGAACCUAAUAGAAAAUUAGGUUUUGCUAUGAGCCAUUACCAGGGUGCCAUUUUAGUACUUGAGUGACUCUUCUUGGAGUCACCAUCUGCCUUAAGUCUCUUGUUUUUCACAUUUUUAGAAAUAUGUCAUUUCACCAAUUUGGAUAUCUAAUUCAGGGUUCACUUGGAGCUUAAUGGCUCCAUAGCAAGGUAUCGGCUUGCAACCAGAAAAUUUUCCCUAGACCAUUAGGCUACACAGUCUCAUGAUUAUACUAACCAACCUUGAAGUAAAGUCAUUAAGGGAUAAAAGUGGUUAUUAAAGUGGCUAAUAAAGGAAGUAUGAUUUGGGUUUUUUGCUAGGUUUUUUUUUUUUUUUUUUAAACUUGUAUAAGAAACUACUAUUGUAAAGCGUCAGACUAUUUUGGGUAUGUAUAGCUAUGUCUUCAAGAUUUGUACUCAGAAUCAAAUUCUAGAUUGUACCCUCUAUGAACCUAUUUCUUUAGCCAGUUGUUUUCUGUCUACUACUAAGAAACAAGAUUCUGUGCCUUGUGCAAAUGCCCUUUUGUAUUUACUGCUUACUCUUAAUUUUUUUUUUUUUUUUUUUGAGACAGAGUCUCACUCUGUUGCCCGGG